UCGGCCGGCGGCAGCAGCGGCAGCAGGAUCAGGGCGCAGGCAGCACCGCCGCUUCGCUGCCGUCUGGCGGAGCGGGGCGAAGCGAACGGCCGGCGGGUCACGCCGUGCCCGCUCGCUGCUCUCUUCCCCCGCUUUCACGUGAGCCGCUCCCCGCCCGGGUCCGUCGGGUACAGCAUGAAGUGCGGCGAUGGCCCGGAGAGGUAAGACGGCGGUGAGGACGCUGGAAGACCUGACGCUGGACUCCGGGUAUGGUGGUGCGGCGGACUCUGUGCGCUCCUCCAACUUGUCGCUGUGCUGCUCGGAUUCGCACCCCGCGUACCCCUAUGGAGGAAGCUGCUGGCCGCACCUAACUGACUCCAUGCACAGUCGGCACAACAGCUUCGACACCGUCAACACCGUCCUAGCGGAAGACUCCGAGGUGCUGGACUGCGCGGGGCAGCAGUGCUCCCGGCUCCUGCCCGACCUUGAGGAGGUCCCCUGGAGUCUGGAGGAGGUGGAGGCACUGCUGCUGCCGCCGCCGCCGCGCCGGGAGCCGCGGGCGCCGGGCGCCGCCAGCCCCGGGAGCCGGGAUGCGGCGGCGCGGCUCUCGACGCUGGUGAGCCGGGCGCUGGUGCGCAUCGCCCGGGAGGCACAGAGACUGAGCCUCCGCUUCGCCAAGUGCACCAAGCACGAGGUGCGGAGCGCCAUGGAGAUCGUCCUGGGCUGGACGCUGGCAGCCCGCUGCACGGCAGCUGCCCUCGGCGCCCUCUCCCUCUACAACAUGAGCAGCAGCGGCGGCGACCGCUUCAGCCGAGGCAAGUCGGCCCGGUGCGGACUGGCCUUCUCCGUGGGCAAGUUCUACCGCUGGAUGGUGGACAGCCGCGUGGCCCUGCGCAUCCACGAGCACGCCGCCAUCUACCUCACCGCCGGCACCGAGAGCCUCUUCCGCGACAUCCACGCGCGGGUGCUGGCCGGUCCCGCCGCCCCGCUCCCGCCGCCCGGCCGCCCCCCGGCCACCGCCGCCGCCCCGGCCGAGAAGGAGGGCGGCGAGGCUCCCCGCUUCACCCUGGAGGCGCUGGAGCAGACGGUCAACAACGACCCCGAGCUCUGGGGCUUGCUGCAGCCCUACCAGCACCUCAUCUGCGGAAAGAACGCCAGCGGUGUUCUCUGCCUGCCUGACAGCUUGAACCUUCACAAGGACCAGCAAAGGUCAAACAAGCCCGGGGAGGUGCAGAUGUUCAGCCAGUCAGAGCUGAGGACCAUCGAGCAGUCUCUACUUGCCACACGUGUGGGGAGCAUUGCUGAACUCAGUGACCUGGUGUCUCGAGCAAUGCACCACCUGCAGCCCCUCAAUGCCAAGCAACACGGGAAUGGGACACCCAUGCACCAGAAGCAGGGAUCCUUCUACUGGGAGCCAGAGGCCCUGUACACCCUUUGCUACUUCAUGCACUGUCCACAGAUGGAGUGGGAAAACCCCAACGUGGAGCCCUCGAAAGUCACACUGCAGACUGAGAGGCCGUUCAUCGUGCUACCUCCCCUGAUGGAGUGGAUUCGGGUGGCGGUGGCUCACGCGGGGCACCGGCGCAGUUUCUCGGUGGACAGCGAUGACGUGCGGCAGGCGGCCCGGCUCCUGCUGCCUGGAGUUGACUGCGAGCCCCGACAGUUAAAGAUCGACGACUGUUUCUGUGCCUCUCGGAAGCUGGAUGCAGUUGCCACCGAGGCCAAGUUCAAGCAAGACCUGGGUUUCCGGAUGCUCAACUGCGGCCGGACGGAUCUGGUGAAGCAAGCCAUAGCCCUGCUGGGGCCGGAUGGGAUCAACAGCAUGAGCGAGCAGGGCAUGACUCCACUGAUGUAUGCUUGUGUCAGGGGUGAUGAGGCUAUGGUGCAGAUGCUGCUAGAUGCUGGAGCAGAUCUGAAUGCUGAGGUUGUCAGUACUGCUCAUAAAUACCCAUCCGUCCACCCUGAGACCCGCCAUUGGACAGCUCUGACAUUUGCUGUGUUGCAUGGACAUAUUCCUGUAGUUCAGCUAUUGCUGGAUGCUGGAGCAAAGGUAGAAGGUUCCUUAGAGCAUGGAGAGGAAAAUUACUCUGAAACUCCUUUACAGCUAGCAGCAGCUGCUGGAAAUUUUGAACUGGUCAGUUUGCUGUUGGAGCGAGGAGCUGACCCCAUGAUAGGAACAAUGUACAGGAAUGGCAUUUCCAUGACUCCACAAGGUGACAUGAACUCUUUCAGUCAGGCUGCUGCACAUGGACACAGGAAUGUUUUCCGCAAGCUGCUUGCUCAGCCGGAGAAGGAGAAGAGCGAUAUCCUGUCCCUGGAGGAGAUCCUGGCUGAGGGCACGGACUUGCCCGACUCAGCAGCAACUCCUCUCUGCGCCAGCCGCAACAGCAAGGCCAAGCUGAAGGCCCUGAAGGAGGCCAUGUACCACAGCGCCGAGCACGGCUACGUGGACGUCACCAUUGACAUCCGGAGCAUAGGUGUUCCCUGGACGCUGCACACGUGGCUGGAGUCUCUGCGCACGUCCUUCCAGCAGCACCGAAGGCCCCUCAUCCAGUGCUUGCUGAAGGAGUUCAAGUCCAUUCAGGAAGAGGAGUACACUGAGGAGCUCAUCACACAAGGGUUGCCUCUGAUGUUUGAGAUACUGAAGGCCAGCAAGAACGAGGUGAUCAGCCAGCAGCUCUCUGUCAUUUUCACUCAUUGCUAUGGACCCUACCCAAUUCCAAAGCUUGUGGAAAUUAAGCGCAAGCAGACCUCCCGCCUGGAUCCCCAUUUUCUUAACAAUAAAGAGAUGUCAGAUGUCACAUUUCUGGUGGAAGGAAGACCAUUUUAUGCACAUCGAGUGUUGCUAUUUACUGCAUCACCAAGGUUUAAAGCAUUGCUGUCUAGCAAGCCCUCAUCUGAUAGCACUUGUAUUGAGAUCAACUAUGUGAAGUACCCCAUCUUUCAGCUGGUUAUGCAGUAUCUUUAUUAUGGAGGUGCAGAGUCACUCCUGAUUAAAAAUAAUGAAAUUAUGGAGCUUCUCUCUGCUGCUAAAUUUUUCCAGCUUGAAGCUUUACAACGACACUGUGAGAUCAUUUGUGCAAAAAGCAUUAAUACAGAAAACUGCGUGGAUAUUUAUAAUCAUGCCAAGUUCCUCGGCGUCACAGAACUAUCUGCCUAUUGUGAAGGCUACUUUCUAAAAAACAUGAUGGUCCUCAUUGAAAACGAAGCUUUCAAACAGUUGUUAUAUGACAAGAAUGGAGAAACAUCUGGUCAGAAUGUACUAGAGGACUUACAGAGGACGUUGGCCACAAGGAUUCAGUCAAUUCAUUUGUCUUCUUCAAAGGGCUCCAUUGUGUAAAGCUGAGAAAGAUGGUAACCCUCUAAUCAAAGACCCUGCAAGUUAAGUCUUCUGUUGCAGCUGCUCAAACCUGUUGCAGUUGCUUAAAUGACUACAAGAAAAGAAAAUGUAAAAAAUUCCACAUUGCAUCCCAGCAGUUCCAUUUCAGCCAGAGGUGCUGCGCUGGAGCUGUGUCCCCACCUGGAUGAGAGAAUACAGAAAACAAAGUUCCUUCCUGGUUUUGAGCAAGCUGGGUACCAGAGUAUCCAGUAACUGCCCUUGUACUCACAUUUCUGAACACAAGCCUGUUCGUGGAGCUUGAUGCCAACAAAAGCCAGAACUCACAUCAGUGAACAGCAGAAGUCCCUGCCUGAAGGGUAGUGCUGGGGAACACCUGAAUCGACCAAUUAAUCAUAUAAGUCAGAUUUGUUCCAGUGUUACACAGUUAAGAACUAUAUCUAUCCCAGAGUCCAUUAUCUCAUGCAUUUAAGAAAUGUAAGAACUGUUUUUGCUGCUCAGCAAAGAUCAGCUGUAUUAGAGAGUGGGUAAGACUGUUAUAGUUGAGGAAAUAUACUGGCAGAUUUUUAGGGGUGGGAACUUUUUAAACUGUUCAUAAAAAAUAAUGGGGUGGCCUUGUAGUUUAAAACCUAUUUCUUGAGCUUAAAAUUUCAUUUUCAACAGAGCUGUGUUUGAGAAUCUAUGUAACAUGUUUUGGUUUUUUAAAUGGUAAAAUGUACAUUGUGUAAACAUACAUAUGAUCAAGUUUGCUUGUAUUCUUUCCUAGGGUGGUAUAAUCUUGCCUAAGAGGCUAUGGUUACACCAAAGAGGCACAUUACCCAGUCUGUCUCUAAUACAGUAGUUGGGGGGCAGGAGAAUUGCAUGCUACUCCUGAUUUGGGGUUGAAAUCAAUGACAAACUCAACAAACAUGCGUUUGCAUGGUAACUGUACCUGUGAAAUGUUCCGUUCGUGCUUGUUUUGCCAAGACAAAUGCAAUGUUACUUCUUGUCAAACUUCAUUUGUGAAAUUAGCUUAUUUUUUUAUCUGGUGUGGUUGGCUGCGAUAUGAUACCCCUGGAGCUCCUUCUCGAGAUGCUGAUUUCUGUUUGUUGCAGUGAAGAGAUAUCAACAGAUCUUUAAUUUAGUGAUGUGUGGAUAUUUUGCUACUGGCCAGAGACUGGGUCUGAUUUAGACUUUUAAAAAUUACAAUUAAAUAUGUACUGUAGAAUGAUUUCUGACUGUAUCCUGAGAAUGUAUAGGUAAUCUACAAUGCAGAGCUUGGGUAGGGUGGGGUGGAGGAGUGUGAUUUAAAUGUCAGAUAUCAACUUUGUUUAUUUUGCAGCCUAUUAUUAGCAAGACAAAUCUGCUAUGUGCCACAUCAUUCUGGAUGCCCUCUCUGAAAACCACAGUAAGAAGCAGGAAAAGAUGUUGCCUUCUCCAUGGCAAAGUGACAUUAAUAUAUUUAUUUUCUAGAAUGCCAUUCUAAGAAAUUUACAAGUUUGCAUGUUAACCUCUUUUUCUUUUGUUGGAGCAUCUGCAUCAGGUGCCCUUCCAUGUUCCAGCUUUUGAUGUGCUCAGAGACCACAGUUUUUAGCUGUCAGCACAAUAGGAAGCUGUUUUAUGACUCUGAGGGAUAAAUCCUCCCUUGUGCUUGGUCUUCUAAAGCCUCUACAGUUUCUGCAACAAAUGACAAAAUGUCUAAACUGCCACUAAUGUUGCAGAGACACUGCUUGUCAGUCAAUUAGGUCUUGUUUUCAGCAUAUUAGAUGUUCACACAAGAUGUUGUCUGGAACUUGUAAGUAAUGGCUGCUUCUGAGUGAAUGUUGUGAUCAUAGAGAAGCAAGACCAUAGUUAAUACAACAGCAACACACAGAGGUGCUUGUUGUUCCUUGGUGUGCCUUCUCAUCCAUGGAAACCCAUCUUUCUAUGACAAAAACAACUAGCUAAGAGCAGAGGCUAAGGCUCACCCUGCAGCCUCGUGGUUUAAUACAGCAAAGUUUUUCAAACAAUAAUCAUUGUAUUAAAUGGGAAGGAAACACUGUAACUCCAUGCUAGUCCUUCUGAGUUGAGAGUGUCUGUGGGAAAGCUCACUAGGUUUCUUUCAGCAAUAAAGGGGUUAAUAGGGCCUUUGGUGGCUGUACCUGGGGUGGUCACCUAUUUGGGCACCCUGAGCUGUGAAAGGAAGGGACUGCAGCCAAGGAUUUGUACAGGAAUAACAUUUGCUCUUGGAAAUGCUGGUAAUCCAAACGUCACAGAUGUAUAGCUGAAGGAAACCUUAAGAAAAAGGAGUCAUAACUUUCAAUUCCUUUUUGACCAGCAGUCCCCAGGACUUUUGCCAGCAGAAGAGCCAGCCUGUGUAAACCUAACAUUCAUUUCUCAUGGAAGCAGCCAGCAAACCUGUGUGGAUCCACAAACCAGAGUUUGGAAAUGGUGAUUUUAGUCUGCCUCUCCUGAUGUGAGGCUGGGUGAGGUCCAGCUGAGCCAUGCCAGACAAUGUGCAGUUUGCAGGCUCUUUAAAAAUCCAGUCACAGGGAUCCAUGAUCUUCACCACUCUCAUAAUCAGAAGGUUUUCCUAAGAGACUUCAGAAUUUCUUCAUUACAAAUCAAGCCACUUUUCCUUUGAGUCCUGACUGACAGGAAAAACAGAUGAUCUUACAAGAUCUUUUUAGAAACUUAUUUUAUGUAUGAAAGGGAUUAUCCUCCUUGCAUCACUAGUAUAGUCUUUCCUAGUUCCUUUGUUAGUGUUUUCUGAUUUUUGCUGUCAUUCCCCUCAUGGCUUCCCAUUUUCCCCAAAUUCCCAUACUUCAGCAGGAGUUUUAUACAUUAGCAGGCAAAGCAGGAAGCUGUUGCUGUGGUUUAUGUAAAGCAUAUUGGAAAAUACAUCCCCAGGUAUAUCAGAAAAUAUAUCCCCAGAUAUGUUCUGCAAGAACAUCCCAUGGCUGACUUUGAUCUAGUCUGUCUUAUAAUUCCUGAGAGAUUCACUGCUGCCUUCUCAGGAAUUCCAUCUUUAUUUAUACAUUUGUUUACUACACCUUCCAAAGUAUAACACUUUCAGUUUCUCCUUAUUAAAUUUGUUCUGCUCUAAUCAGGGCAAUUUCCCCACUUCAUCAAGAUCAGUUGCAAUUCUGAUCAUGUCUUGUAGCCUGUUUCAUAAUCUCCAACCUUUAUUAUAUGUGACUUCAUGCAUGGAUUCUUCAUUCCAUUAAUCUGGGGCUGGGGGGAAGGGCUCUUGUCAAUUUAAUCUUAAAAGCAAUGUGAGUUUCAGUGGGUGCCCAUGAAUACCAUCCCUAACAGAUAAGGCUCUUUCCAACAGAGCAUUUUAUUAGCAUUUUUUUCAGACAUGGUGUUAUCAUCUUAGAAAAUAAAAAGCUUUCUCUUAUUUUAGUCUUAGUAUGAGUUGCAAUAAUUUACAAAUUUUGAGGCCAAAUAGUGCUUCCAGUCUUGGUAAAGAGAAAAAAAUACAACAUCCUUGGAAAAACUUAGGAUUUUCUUUUUUAACCAUAAUUUUCGAGCCUCUAAUGAGUGAAGUUGCCUUUCCAUGUCUCAUUUUUAUAUUAAUCCACUGCUGUAAUAUUUGAGGAUUUACAGACAUCCUGUCCUUGCCUCCUGGCAGAUCUUUCCUUACAUCCCUACACGGUUCUCCCGUAGUUUCCAGAAUUUCCUCACAUUCCCACUUUGCUUCACAUGCUGCCAGUUUCCACACUUCCCAGUUUUUUUUUACUCUAGAGCCCUACUGGAUUCCUUCCCAAGCCCAGAAGUAGAAUCUGUGUUGUCCUGAAUAGUUGAUUUUCCAAUAAUUGGCUCAAGAGCUGGGAAGAGAAAAGGAUGGGGAAUGUAGGAGGGCAAAGGUUUUGGACAUCACAGCGGAAGGCUGGCAUUCUUUUCAUUACAAAUUUCAGCACUGUCUACUUGUUUCUCUGCUUUUCCCCUGAUCUACUCCUUAGGCCUGCUGUCCUCUAAACACAGCUGGUGGCCAGAUGCUCUCUGUUCUGGAACAGGGCCAGCUUUCUAAUGGCUAAGACUGCUUUUCCCCAGCUAAAACUUCUGCCUGCUUGGGUUUCAGCUCUGAAGUAGAUUAGUAAAAAAUGUCUAUUAAAGACAGAGGAAACAUCUCUAAAAAGGUGUGAAGGUUUAGUAGCCAGGCUCCUCUUGGCACUAAUGAGAGCUGCUUGCUGAAUCCUUCACAUGCUGCUUUGGACACUUACCCUUUUUCCACUGAAUAUCCACUGGCUUCAUACCAAAUGUUGCACAAGUCCUGGAUGGGCUGUACUGUGUGAUGUGCUGGGGGCUUUCUUAAAUUCUAGUUUUGUUUCAAGGCAUAGCAACAUGUGCUGCUCUUUAAAGGUUGAAAAUAAAAAGGGAAGUGGUCUGUUUGCACUGAAAUAAACUGCUCUGAGGUGCUGCAGUGAUGAAAAAGAAAGGGCAUCUCUUCUUCCCAGCUGUACCUGCCUAAAAUCAGAGGAAGCUUCUGUUAUAGCAUGGAAUGCUGCCAGAUCUGUGGGGAUUCAGGCAUGCAGGACCCUGUUUAAGUGGGGUUUUUAAGUUAACACAUUCACAUACUCAAGAUGAGGAUUAGGCCAUCCUAGAAAAAACAGCAUUCCUAGUGCUCCUAUCUGUGUAUUAAAUCCUGGGAGAAGCUGGAAUACUGCAGAAUUAAUUGAAGUCAGUUGCACAUAUUCAGGGUCCCUCAGGAGCUGGCUUUGUCUUAAAAAUACUGCUGAAAGAUGACAACCUGAAACCUGCAUUCACUAAAGGUGCCUCUGAAGCCACUGGCUUGGGUUUGGGGUUUUUUUGUAUUUUUGUUUGUUUGUUUGUUUUUGGUUGUGAUUUUGGUGUUUUGUUUUGUUUGGGUUUUUUUUUUUUUUUGUUGAAUAACAGUUACCUAAAGCCAAAGCCUUUAAGUUAGUUGAUUUGACAAAGUGUUUUUCAUGUGAGGCUCUGCAAGUGCUUUACAGAAAUGAAGGGCCUGAUGUUGCUUUCAUCCUCUGGCACAGAGAUGAGAUUUAUAAGAAUUAAAAUAACUGCCUAGGAUUUAGCCUAAAAUUUAAUAAACUAGUUUGUAGGAUGUUAGCCUUGAAAAAUAGCCCUCAGAUAAUAUCUGAAACCCCACAGAUGAGAACAUUACUAAUUUUAGGUGUCAACCUACAAGCAAACAAACCUGCAGCACUUCCAUAUGUUUGUAGCAAAAUUAUUAUGGUAUUUUUCAACUUGUUAUUUAUUUUCAGGUAAGGCCUGUUAUCUUCAGUGGGUGAAAACAGAGGCUGGCCACUCUGACCAACUUAUCACAUUUCAGUACAAUUGCACCUGACUUGCUAUUUGUAACUGGCCUUCAACUGCAAAAACAGCAAAGCUAAGUCUUCAGCUGUGGCUCAAUGCUCCAUGACUUCAAUGAGAGCACUGCUGAGAAUAUUAUUCAUGUGGUGCCCAAAGCAGAAAGAAAAUCUGGAAACCUGCAGAAAGACUAAUGGGAAUUUGUCAGCUGCCUUCAGUGAGCCUUUGAGCUGGGGAAGCAAGUUCAGUGUGGGUAGGAGGGCAUUCCAUUUCUUUUUGUUGCCAUUAAACUGUCAUUCCUUCAGCUCUAGAGUGUGUUUAUCUUGGAUGCCUGCACAGGACUUAAAAUGUGGUAUCUCACCACUUCAAAGUCAAGAGUCUCAUUAGAUGAUGGGUUUUGUGCUUUGCUUGGACUGCUUGUCACUAAAACACCCAGGAGACAUGGCAGCAAGUAACAAGAGAGGUUGUGUUGGCUGGAUAGAUAAAAUUCUACAAACACCUUGUGCUUUGCAUGCUUAGUUGACUAAAUCUGUCCCUUCAUUGUGCCAGAACAGCAACUUUGUAGUUUCUUUUUCCUUUGCAGAGGCAUUUUUCACCUCUCUUUGGGCUGACAGUUUUGUUCUUUCAUCCUGUAGGGGCAGUAACAGUGUGUGAAUGGGCAUGCUUAGCUUAGGCACAGGUUUCUGUCCAUGCUGGAUGGCACACUAAUGAAGAGGUCUUAGUAAGGGAAGAGGAUUAGGUAAAAGAAUUAGAAUGUAUAACCUUAGAUCUUUGCCUCUGAUUCCAGAGGUACAGUGUCCACUGCUAGCUAAUUCAUUUGUUCCCCAACUCAGAGUUUCCAGGAAAUCGAAUGGAAGGAGAGAGCGGGAAGAGGAGAAACAGCCCCAUCUCCCACCACUUGCUUGGCAUUCCUGACAAGCCCAGUUGGCUCCAGUCUCUUCAGUGCUCACACAGAGGGUUUGCUUGGUCCCAUUCUCAGAUAUGGCCAUGGAGUUGAAGCAACUGGUGGCACUUUCUUGUCCUUACAAAUAUCUUCACUGCUGCUGCCGGUUAACUUCUGUCUUUCCACUCCUCCUCAUCUCUGCUGCUGUGUUAUCAUUAAAACUUUCGGCUUUGCCUAGCACAGUGAGAGGCAAUCUUCUUUCUUACUGCCUUUCUAAAGCAAACAAAGACAGAGGAAAAGCCUCGCUGAAAUACCCAAUCGAAAAUCAUUGAUGGUUUACAAUAAGUCACAAAAGAAAAGGGAGAUGCUCAGAAACAAAAAAAGAGACUGCCACUUUAGGAAAAUCCAGUGUUAGGAGGUCAUUUUAAUUAAUUAAGAUCAAAACCUUAUUCUGGCAGGGACAGAUUAACAUGUUUCAAAACACCUGGACUCGUUAAAGCUACAGGUUCAAGAGAGUCUAGCCUUACUCUUUCCCCUUCCCAGCAGUGGAUAAAUUGAAUAUCCUGAAGCUUACUGCGUGAGAGGCUUUCAGAUGAGCCUUUCCAAAGUCAGGUUCUCUCUGUUCUGCAUAGCUUUUGAAGAGCUCACAGCACAUCUGCAGGCUGGGAUUUGCCCCUCAGCACAGUCAAAACCUCCUGUGCCCCAGUGCUGGUUGUGGGGCAGAAAGUAGGAAGGAGCAGAGGAAGACCCUGGAGCCUCACCAGAGUGAAAGCUGCUUCCCCAGCAUCCAGGCAAUCUCUUGGUCAAAUACCCUGCUUAACCCAGUCAGUUCAAUACCUUGGGAACUGAUUUUUGCCAUGCAGCUAUUAAGCCAAUGACUAAUUGUGCCAUUUGGGGAUGCAGUAAAAUGUGCAGUCUUACUUCAGUUAUGAGUUAUGUUUUUCCACUGAAGAAUACAUGGACUAUAGGAAUGUAUCUUCGAGCUUUUUGACCUCAUGUUCCUGGCAAAGUUCCAAUUAGUAGCAGAAAAACUUGACCUGUGCUUGUGCCAGUGGGGUGCAGAGGUGCCUGAGCAUUAUGCAGACACCAAAUAAGUAAAUCCCAAUCUCUGCAAUGCAGGACAUUUCUCCUACUGAUCUCUUUGGUAUUAUGGGUAAGGUUGAAUAAUGGAUCUCUGCUGUUUACAGCCCCAAGUUAGGAUCAGUGCACUUCUUCCCUUCUCUCUUUUGGCUCUGCCAUCUACCCCAGAGAGGAGGGAAAAGAAAAACUCCACAGGAAAUACCACAUUCUCUCAACCUGCCCUCCCCACCACCAGUAACAGGUGGGCUGCUAGAGUGUCCUUAGUCCCACUCCUCUGAAAGCUUCUUGUAAUGCUAUUUUUACAUGAGUUAUCCUUAGACCAUGCUUUGCAUUAGGGCGAAGUCUGGAAAGCAUCUUAAGUCAUUUAUGGCAGAAGUGAGAUUGUAAAACAUUCAAUUCCCAUCAUCCAUGCUGAGAAUUUUCUGUUUCUUUGUUGGUUUUGGUGUUCUGAUGGUUGGCUGGUUUGGGGAGGGAUUUGGGGUUUUGGGGGUUUUUUUCGCUUGUUUUGUUUUUUGGUUGGUUUGGUUAUUUUUUUCAUUGGGAAGAAAAGAUGAAGCAUGUGCAAAGCUUUGGAUUUUGUGUCUAUAGUUAUCAUUGUGUGUAUGUUCAAGAAAGAGAGAUGGACAGUAAAUAGAUCUAUGGGAUAUGUUAUGAGGCGUGAAAUCAUGUUUGUAAUGAGAUUUCUUGUUAAUGGCAGUGAGCCUUCCUUGAUGGUAAGCAUUAAUGCAAUACCCAUUAGUGCAGCUAAACCUCCCUCUGCUCCACUUUCCCAAAUGGGUUUCACUUUAUACCUAGUUUAGCAUUUACAAAUAUUUCAUACAGGGUUCAAGGAGUAAUUUACAUAUUAAAAAUGUAUGAAUAUUCUAUGAAAAAAUACAGGUUAAGUUUCUACCAUGACAUCAUUCACAAACCAAAACAUGAAAGUGUGAUGAAAUUUGCUCCACUAAAAUGGCUGGAAGCCUUUUCAUUGAUUUCUCUUGUCUGUGGAUUAGGUCUGUUUUCCAUCUCUCUUUCAUACUGUGUCACCUUUGAAGUCUUUGCAAGCCAAAUGCAUAUCUGUAAUUAGAAAGCACAGUCUUGAUCUUUAAAUGGAGAAUGAUCCACUUCUGAAAGCAGCACCUAAAUUAGGAAAUCCUGGUGUGAGCAUCCUGUAAAUACAGAAGAGCAUUGUCUGUGGGACAGCUCUUUGCUUCCUUUCUGCCUCUUUCCAUCCACUUCCAUCUGUCCCUGAGAUAUCUUGGACCUGAAAGCUAGGAAAGAAAAGUGAAAACAAGAGGAAAGGAUGUGCCAGAAAUAAGAUGUGCAGAACCAUUGUGCUCAUCUUGAUUUUUUUCUGGUCUUAGGCAGACUCCUAAUUUGUGUAAUACAAACCCAGGAAUGGUUAUGAUUGUUUUGCAUUUGUUAUGGUUGUUGCAAAUUUGGGUUUGGGUUUUUUUUCUAGCAAAGUGGUUUUGUUUGCUGUCAUCUUUUGUUGGGGUUUUAUGUGAAGGUUUCAUUUCACUUUUUAUUGAGAAGGAAACUAAAGGUCACAUAACCCAACAGCUAUCAUCAACAAACACAGAGAUCCUGUCCUGCAUCCCGCAGAUGUGGCUUAAAUACUGGUUUGUGGCUUCACAGGCAUGUUUGAGGUCGUCUGUAAUUAACAAUACAGGUGAAACUUUAUUCCCCUUUGCUUACCCAUUUAUGGUAGAUAAAAACAAAAUAACAGAGUCAGAGUAUGGACAAUAGGAUGGCAGAUGUUUUUCAAUGGAGAAAGAUUAUAGCUAAGAAAUACAAAUGUUUCUAGAACCAACUAUUUUUUCUCAAAAGGACAGAGAGACAUCUGUAGCUCAUUCAAAAAUGUCAUUCUCUUGAGUGUGUUAGAUGCUUUUGAAAAUUGCCUGGUUUGUGCUGUUAAUGAUCCAGCACAAGCCCUUCCACUGGAGAGACUAACUGAGGGCACUCAGAACCAAGGCUGAAGGGAAUGUAUGAAAAAUAGAGGAGCUCAGCCAUAAUUUGAGGUGGCAGCUUUGUUUGCUUUUGUCCACUGUGUCCACAACUUAAACGUUAUUUUACAGGUCAUGUUUGUAUUUAAUUUCUCUUGAAUCCUUUUUUUAAUUGCUGAAGCACUCUCUCAGCAUCUUCUCCAAGUGCACCUUAGGUCAUCUUAAACACCAUUUAAUGUCUGUCUGAUGCUGAUCCUUUUAUAAUCGCCAAUGAGAUUACGAUUCAGUUGUCAUUGCUAGAUGACAAAUGAAUUGUAACAGCCUUAACAAAAAUCUUGUUUUGUUAAGGCUGUAUAAGGGCACUGCAGCAUGUGAAACCAGCAAGUUGAUUUUUAUUAUUGCAUUACUCUGAAAAAGAAAAAAAGAUGAAUGAGAUCUUUGUUUCUAGUGUGAAAGGCUCCCUUUAGCUUGAGAGGACACGUGCAAAGCCUCUGCUGUGAAUGCCUCGAUAUAAUCAGCUUACAAAAUGGAGGAAAAUUAUAUUACAGAAAGAUUUUUGAGAAACAUAACUCCAGUGGAGCAGAACACGCACUUGCUAAAGACUGCUCUCUUGCUCUGUCUCUCUCCUGAAGUCAGUGGGAAUUUUUAAUGGAAGUUACUACAAGGCUGUAUGUUUUUUUAAUGCACUAGCAGAUGUAAUUUCCCAUCCAGUCAUCUGCACAGUUGUGGUUGGUACACCAUAAAGGCUGAAGGCCAAAUCCUGCUGUCAUUGCACACAGCCCCUCUGCUUCACAGGGAUCAUAAACAUGUACUUAUGUUACUUGAGGUUUUUGCUGAAGAGAAAUGGGAGAGGGUAGGCCUUCCUUCUGCUCCUUGAUCACAGGCUUUGCAUUCCCAAUGACUUUUAUUAGAAGUAUCAUAUAUUUACAUGCUGCAGAAUGAGGCCUGCAUGGGAUGGGAAAGAUUUUUAUGAAUUUAGACCUGCCUAAGAAAACAACUGCUCUAAUUUUAGACAAGUUGCAUUCCAUAUCCAUCUGUUUAGUGCAUCAUUCUGAUGUUUACUGUUUAGUAAAUUGCAUUUGGGCUUUUUUUUCUUUUGAGGGCAUCGCCUGUCAUCAGUCAGUGUAAAAUAGCACCAAGGACUUCCAGAUAUACACAUAGGGCCAAACUGUGCCAGCUUCACACACCACAGUCCCAUGAAAAGCAAGGAAAGCUGGACUGGGCACAUGAAAUGCAAUCCCCCUAACAUCAAAUUGCAUGUCCUGCCUCAUUUCAUAGAGAUGGAUGACAUCCUCGGGGAAAAACAAAACAAACACAUGCUGCCACUUCAUCUGAGUUUAAAAUGUAUUAAAAUCAAGGAAAUUAUAUUAGACAUGGCUGUAGUCUAUCAAAUCCAGCCCUGUGCAUAGGCAGAACUCCAAGGGAAAGUAACAGGAGUUUCCAUUAUGGAGUUUGCAAAAGGAAGCCUACAUAAUGAAUUUGACAAAAUGUCAACUUUGUGUAAACUCUCCCCACUCCUGGUGGGUCUGUAUAAAGGUUUUUUUAAAUCUUCAUUGGAACACACCAGAGAAUAAUAAACUUGCACCUUGAUAGAAUAGCUUUAUUUGUAUAUACUCUAUGUAAAUUUUAAAGCAGAGGAUACAUGUCAUUCCUUGUACAUAUCUGCCUAGAAUGGUGGCAGUGCUGUGCACUGCUGCUUAGGGGAUCCGGCUUCUCAGUCCUGGAUUUCCAGCUGUAAAGGUUGCAGGAGACUGCUUGGGACCAGCUAAACAUUGGAUGGAUAGAUGCUCACCACUCACUGCUUAGAAAUGCAGGAGCAGGAUUUGGAACAGAUAUUGGCUAUGGAGAAGAUUGCUUGCCUCUACUCCUGGCUAAGGGACAAGUGCCUCCUUUGCUGUCAUCUCCAACAGAAGUGAUUUAUUGUCAGAGUGUGGGAACCUUCAGAGCCCUGUCUGGUCUUUCAGAGGGGUCUGAGAUUCAGGUGUCACAUGGGAAGGUCCCUGAAGAAGCAGUGUGUAUAUACAUCUACCUACCUGUCUGUCUGUUAUCUAAUACCCCACUGUUUCUGUAUUGAAUGGUCUCAGUAAUCUGUAAACAAGUGAUUGCUCCUGUUGUGCUACUGCUUUGAAAUUCUUUGCAUGCACUCUGGCAUAUAAUUCUUUAAGAAAAUAAAUUAUACAUAUUAUAUAUACAUAUAUAUAUAGUAGCUUGCAAAAUAUUCAUGUUGAAGAGCCAUGUUUUGUGCAAAUUUUACAUUUAUGUUGUGGGCAAUAUCGCAAUACAAACUUUUAUUAGUUGUCAAUAAUAGAUUUAUCACAUUAUUUUUGAGUGUAUGUACGUAUCCCAAGCUUUCAACCUCAGGCAUUAGAUCAUCUACUGAAGGAGACUUUUUCUGUACAGUAGAAAUAGCACAGGCUUUCAGUAAAUAGGCAGGUGUGCAAGCCCCAUUCUGUUUAAUGCGAGGCUGAUUCUUCAUGCAGGUUAUCAGGCAAAUACUCUCUUGUCAGUGCUGGAAUUUGUGUUUGGUAUGAGGACCCUGUUGUGCUCAUCUAGAACAGAACUCAAACCCCAAUGCUGCAAAACAAUGUGCUUGGCUCGUACUGCCCUCUGUCUCCACAGGUGCUCCAAUAUAAACACAAGGAGGACUUAGGGAACUCCCAGUUGCCUGCUGGAUAGCCAAUGUUAUAUUUUCAAAUGUACAUGCUACAUAGUUUUCAAUGUAGGGGCUAGAUAAAAGUGUAAUACCAGUACGGCUUUAGAAAAGCUACAGUGUUUGGAGCUUGACCGUGAAACUCUUACCUGAUUCCUGGACAUCAUCAGUGGCUUCGUUUGCUCAAUGUUUACCUCUGAGAAAUGUAUGCUAUUGAUUUAAAUGUUUAAUAUAUUGACUGCCUUUUUUUGUAUAUUUGUUAUCAUAAAUAUAUGAUUGGUUUGGUUUAAA